AUGUAUGCAAGCGAGUUGUUGGAUAUCCCGGUUCACACGGUCGAACCGGGGUUCACCGCCCACGAGCUGCAGGAGCUCCUGUCCUUCUUCGAUCACCAACCCAUGGGGAGCCCGAACUCGAACUCCGGCUCGGAGGGGUCGAACCGGUCGGUCUACAACGUGGACGAGAGGAAGCGGAGGCGGAUGGUGUCGAACCGGGAGUCGGCCCGGCGGUCGAGGUGGAGGAAGAAGAGGCAUUUGGAGAAUCUGACCGAGCAGGCGAACCGGUUGAGCCUGGAGAAGGAGGAGCUGAGGUACGCUUUGGGUUCGACCCUGAGCCAGUGCAACGUGGUCUGGAAGGAGAACCAGCGGCUGCGAACCGAGUCGGUCGCUCUCCGCGGGCGGCUCACCCAUUUGUGCCGCACGUUGGCCGCCAUGCACGGCCAUGCAGUGAAUUAUAACGGCGCCGCCCUAAAUCAUUCGGACCAUUCAUAA